AUGGAAAAAUCAUUAAACUCCAGUAGAAAUUUUAAGCUUCCACCGAUACAAGGAGCAGCGCCAGCCGCGAAUAUUCUCCGACAGCCAGCUUCACGAGGCAAGCAGACAUGGCCGCACGAAUACGGACACCGAGCAAACGGACAUCAUCGGUCAACACGGCAAGUUAUUCACGUCCCUAAUGAUCCAUUCCCCGGUCGAUACAGAAGUCCACGGCAUGCUAGCCAUAACUUGUCGAAUGCAGCGGGCAAGCAGCGCCCGUUCAACUCCGGGGCCGUCGAAAAUGAAAUGAACAGGGGGGAAUCCUUAACGCUUGAGUUCGCACCCAUGGUUCAUAAUUUUCCUCAGUCGUACACAGUUCUUCCUCCCAUUCAGAAAAUCUCAAAGCCGUCUACUAAUGAAACUGAAAUUGCGACUCAAGACAAAAACUUAAGGGGCGACGAGGAGAAAAAAUUAGGUGCCCAGUUGAUCAGAGACGAUGUUGGUAAACCAAACAAUAAGCAUAAAGGUAGUGGCGUGCAAAAACAUCACGAUAAGAGUGGAGAUUCAAAUACAAGCAACAAUAAUAUUAAACCAGACUCGGGAAAUGGAAGAAACCUUUCUAAAAGCAAAAGACAAACUGAUCCUGAAAACCAGGAUAGCGAAACUGGAGAAAGAAAACAAAGUGCGACCACAGUGUUGUUUCUUAAGGGAAAACGUAUAGGUCGUCGAGUUGGAGUUUGCUUGGAAAACGAACCGGCUUUAAUCAAUGUGACGGAACAGCUAAAGGAGAUAUUUUUACGAAGGAAUAUGGAAGAAAUGUACCUAAUCUAG